CUCUAUAAAAGGAAUGAAGAGAAUGCAAUAUUAUACAUCUUGCAUUCAAAGAAAAUAGCAAAAUUGGUUAUAAUUAGUUCAACUCUUCUCAAUGGCUAUUUUAUAUAAAGCAGUACUACUUGGGCUAUUGUUGCCUAUCAUACACAAUGCAGGUGCACAAUCCAUAGGCGUUUGCAAUGGACGACUUGGCAACAAUUUGCCAUCGGAGCAGGAAACCGUAGACUUAUACAAAUCCAGUGGCAUUGGAAGGAUGCGAAUCUACGAUCCGAACCAAGCAACACUUCAGGCCCUCAGAGGAUCCAACAUAGAACUCAUCCUCGAUGUCCCCAACUCAGACCUUCAAGCGCUUGCAUCCGACGCUUCAACAUGGGUCCAAACGAAUGUAAAAGCUUACUCACCCGAUGUCAAGUUCCGAUACAUUUCUGUAGGAAAUGAAGUAGAUCCCAACAAUGGUAAUGCUCCGUAUGUCCAGUUUGUUCUUCCCGCCAUGAAAAACAUCCACAGCGCGAUUGUAGCAGCCGGACUACAAGACCAAAUCAAGGUUUCAACAGCAACAUACUCCGGACUUUUGGCCACUUCGUACCCUCCAUCAAAUGGCGCAUUCGGAGACAGCGCAAGGUCGUUCAUGGAGCCAAUCAUCAGCUUCCUUGCUAGCAAUAAUGCCCCAUUACUUGCCAACAUAUACCCUUACUUUGCCUAUGCCGGUGACACCCAAAACAUCCAGCUUCCUUAUGCCUUAUUUACUUCACCAGGAGUAGUUGUAACCGACGGUUCGUUACAAUACAGAAACCUUUUCGAUGCAUUGUUAGAUGCCAUGUACUCUGCCGUUGAGAAGGUAGGUGGACAGAAUCUUGAGAUUGUGGUGUCAGAGAGUGGCUGGCCGUCCGAGGCUGGAACUGGAGCAAGUGUGGACAAUGCAAGCACUUACUACAAAAACCUGAUUAGUCAUGUCAAGGGUGGGACUCCAAAGAAGCCAGGGAGCGCUAUACAAACUUAUUUGUUCGGCAUGUUUGACGAGAACCAAAAGGGUGGGGACGAGACGGAGAAACAUUUUGGCCUGUUCAGUCCUAACAAGCAGCCUAAGUACCAAAUUACUUUCGGUUAAAAUGGAGAGCUAAAUUAAAUAUAUACAUAUGUAUCAUGAAUAAGAAUGUCUUGUGCUUAUACAGCUUGAACAUCUUUACAUGGAAAGAGAAUCUCUUGGGCAUUAAGGCAUGCCUCUAAUCUCUGUUCUAUUUCUAUCUUAUCAAUUAGUUUUUGUGCUUUUGUUUGUUUAUUUAAGGAAGCUAUGCAAAUAUCAGAUUUGUAUGGAGGAGCAAACAUUAAUAAAAGAGCCAUUUUAAUUUUA